CUUGGAAUCUUCUAGUCAAGAGUCGGUGCUGAAGAGAAGGAGAGUUAGUGAACCAAAUGAACAUACCUAAAAAUUAUUUUUCUUAUGCAGAUUACAGUUCUCAACAUUUAAACUAACAUGCUGUAUUAUUUGAAGGUGAAAAUGACAACAUUAACUCACCGGACCCGUCGAACUGAAGUGAGUAAGAGCUGUGAAAAGAAAAUAGAAAGUGAGGAAGACACUAAUCAAGAAAGGAGUCCAGAUAAUGAAGACCCUGGAGACUCUAAGGAUAUCCGCCUCACUCUUAUGGAAGAAGUAUUGCUCCUGGGUCUAAAAGAUAAAGAGGGCUACACAUCUUUCUGGAAUGAUUGUAUAUCAUCUGGGCUUCGAGGAGGCAUCCUGAUAGAGCUGGCCAUGCGGGGUCGAAUCUAUCUAGAACCUCCCACCAUGCGUAAGAAGCGACUCCUAGACAGAAAGGUCCUGCUAAAGUCAGACAGCCCAACAGGUGAUGUUUUGCUGGAUGAAACGCUCAAACACAUUAAAGCAACUGAGCCAACAGAAACUGUGCAGACGUGGAUCGAGCUACUCACUGGUGAGACAUGGAACCCCUUCAAAUUACAGUACCAGCUGAGAAAUGUACGAGAACGAAUUGCCAAGAACCUGGUAGAAAAGGGUAUUCUAACCACAGAGAAGCAGAAUUUUCUGCUGUUCGACAUGACCACUCAUCCAGUGACUAAUACAACAGAGAAACAGCGACUAAUGAAAAAGCUUCAAGACAGUGUGCUGGAACGGUGGGUAAAUGACCCUCAGCGGAUGGACAGGCGAACACUGGCGCUCCUGGUGCUGGCCCACUCCUCCGAUGUGCUGGAGAACGUCUUCUCUUGUCUUACAGAUGAUAAGUAUGAUGUGGCAAUGAAUCGAACCAAGGACCUAGUAGAACUGGACCCUGAAGUGGAAGGGACAAAGCACAAUGCCACAGAGAUGAUCUGGGCUGUGCUGGCAGCCUUCAACAAAUCCUAAAGCCAGUAGGCAGGUUUCUCCUUUUCCUUGCUGGCUGGUGACUGUCAGAGACCCCAUCACUGAGUUUGGCGUGAUAAGAUACUGUCAUCAUUUUCCCUCAUUUUGAAUCAAACGCCUGACUUGAGGAGGACAACCUCAGGGCCUCUCCAUGGGCCAUUGACCUUUCAAACAAACUAUUUCUCCUCGCUUCCACUCUGACUGAAUGAAAGGGGUGAACCCACACACAUCUAAUAAACAUCUCCCAUUUCUGGGUUUAGUUUUAACCAGUGUGCUUCUGGAUAAACAGGAGUUCUUAUGUGGGGAUUAGAGUUUCCCAGCAAGAAAAUGAUGUGAAGGAAAUGAAGAGUGAACCAUAUCUAAUUUUUCUCCAUUAUUCAUGUUUUCUCAGUCUUUGUCUCUCCACCUCUGUUAAACAAUGACGCUUCCUGAAAUCACCAACUCUCUGAAUGAGAGGCAAUGGAAACAAGACUAAUUUUUGAAGCAAAUGGUUCCUGAGAUUAUACCUCCCGCCUGCGAUUUUUCUCAUCUUUAUAUAAUGAAAACAUUCCAAGUUUGAUGACCUGAAUUCCUUAGUUCUAAAGGCCGAAAUGUAGACCACACUCCUUUUUUAGAAGUAUCUUGCUCCUACGUUCAUUAAGUAAGAAAGAGUCUGAAUUGAAAAAGCAACGUGCCUCAGUCACCUCCUUCAUAUAGCCAGCAUUAGAACUUGUAGAGAAGGAGGAAGGCAAUAUGAGACUUCACAUCUUUGAAACCAAGUGUCGGGAUAAACACCUGUCAUCCUAGCACUUUAAGAGAUAGUGACAGCGGGGUUGAGGAUUUAGCUCAGUGGUAGAGUGUUUGCCUAGCAAGCACAAGGCCUUGGGUUCGGUCCACAGCUCAAAAAAAAAAAAAAAAAAAGGAAAAAAAGAAGUGACAGCUAGAUUAGUGAAUUCAGGGCUAGCCUUGGCUAUAUGAGACCAUCUCUCAUUCAAACAUUAAAGAUUUUUCAUCCUUUAGUAUGUGACUGUCCUGUUUUCUCUAGACUACUUUAAAUAUCUCUACUCUGAUGAAAUUAAGGGAAUUGUAAGUUUCAAGUUCCAAAUUACAGCAUUGAGUCUAGAAAUGUAGCCAAACUCCAUAUUUUCAUAGUCCCUGUUUUUAUUUCCUACAUAAACUGAUAAAUUUUCCCUGUACUUAAGGGCUUUGGCAGUAAUUCUGUCUAUAUUUAAUCUAUUGGCACCCUCUAAAUUGUGUUUUCUUUCAACACAGUCAUCCUGGCCAAAUCCUUUAAAAUGUUUUUGCUUCAGUAAAGAGGUUGAAGAGCUCCUAUUUAAAAGGGCAGUUGAAUGUCACCAGCAACAGAUGCAAAGCCUAGGUUCAAGGGUUGUAAAGAGGCCAGCACUGUGUGGUGCAGAUUUCAAGCACCCUGUUGAUCACUGGGGAGAGACUGGCUGUCACACAGUCACUGGACAGAUGACUUGGACUCAUACCAAAUGCUUCUAAUCAGAAAUAAAUUAGUAUAACUUCAUCUGUUUCCCCGAACCUUCCUAGGUCCAUGAAAGGUCUCCAGCUCACUGUUACUGUUUUCAUUUCAUCUGACUCUUAGAUGAGUAGAGAUAGAAGUUGUCAUUUGAGAAGCUAAGUAGAGCCUUAGUCUGGCUCUCUAGAAGGGCAAAAGUCAGCCCAUGUAUUAUCUAGCAGCUCAUCUUAUCUUCCCAUUGGAACAAUUCAUAGUGAAUUGACACCAGGCUUUUCUUUGAAAGCUUCAGCUUGUUUGGGGGAUAGAAGUUGAAUUCUUUCUUGCAACUCUCAGUGUUUACUUUUAUAUGUCCAUACAAUGAGGAUGUCUUCACUUCUAAUCUGUGUAAUGUUCACUGCCAAGCACUCAUUUAGUGUAUAUUGCCUUCAUGUUUCUGUAUAAUAAAGAUCAAUAAUUGUG